AUGAGUGACAACAGAGGUCGUGGACGAGGUGACCGCGGUCGGGGUGACCGUGGCAGAGGUGACCGUGGUGGUGGUCGGGGUCGUGGUGACCUUCCUCUUCGUCCAGCUGGACGAGGUGACGGUGAUCAAGGCAGCUUCCGUGGAGGUGACAGAGGCCGCGGAGAUAGAGGCCGUGGAGGUGACAGAGGUCGAGGUGGUGAUCGAGGCCGCGGAGACUUUGGUGGCCGUGGCCGUGGAGAUUUUGGUGGCCGUGGCCGAGGUGACUUUGAUGGCCGCGGUCGUGGUCGUGGACGAGGCGACUUCCGCGGUGGACGUAGGGGUCGUGGUGGUGGUGCGGUGAACCUUGGCCCACCAAUCUUCAGACAAGGAGAGCCAAUCCCCCCACCUGACGCCGUCGUCACCAAGACCGAGAACGAUCUCGCCAAGGCACUUGUUGCCAGUGGAAAGAAAACGCCCCGCCAGGCGAAAUAUCCUGAGCGCCCCGGAUAUGGAUCUGUCGGCAGACCGGUGACAUUGUAUGCCAACUACCUCCCCCUGACUCUCACCAGCCAGGCGCUGUACCGCUAUCACAUUGAUAUCGCGGCCGAUACCGCGGGUCGAAGCGCCCCAGUUGGCAAAAAAGCCAGACACAUGGUUCGCCUGCUGUUGAAUGAGCACUUCCCCAAUGAGAAGAGCAGCAUCGCAUCGGACUUCCGCCAGACGUUGAUCUCCCGAACCAAACUGAAGGAGGGAAAGUAUGAAGUGCGAUACAAGGAAGACCUCGAGGAUGAUUACCCCGAAAAUGCGCGGGUUCAUGUGGUCACUAUGCAGUACACUGGUCAAGUCAACCCAGCCGACUUGGUCAACUACCUCACUUCUACCAACGUCGGCUCCAUGCUUGAGUCCAAGGAAGAGAUUGUCGCUGCCCUGAACAUGAUCUUGGGGCAACACCCCAAGACUGACGAUGGAGUUGUCUCCAUCGGUGCGAACAGACAUUACAGUGUCCGUCCUGAUAUGGUGGAGUCUUUCCAACUUGGCGGCGGCCUUUCUGCGCUUCGUGGAUUCUUCAUCAGUGUUCGUGCCGCAACUGCUCGAGUCCUCUUGAACGUGCAGGUCAAGUACAUUGCUUGCUACAACGAGGGACCUCUCCGCAACAUGAUUGCUGACUUGAGAAUGAACAACACCUACCGCCUGGAGAAAUUCAUCAAGAGCCUGCGGGUGCGUAUCACUCACAUUUCCCGCAAGAACAGCCGCGGCGAAGCCCGACCUCGCAUCAAGCCCAUCCAAGGGCUUGCUAGCCGCGGUGACGGUAAAUCCUCGCCAAACCCGCCCAAGGUCCCGCGCCAUGGUGCUGGACCCAAUGAAGUGGAAUUCUUCUUGAACGAGGCUGGCCCCAAGCCAGUAGCCGUUCCUGGUGCGCCAGAGCCAAAGAGCAAGAAGGGCAAGAAGCCACCGAGAUCCGGCCCCGCGGAAGCUGGACGCUACAUCACUGUGGCUGAGUUCUUCAAAAAGGAAUACAACAUGGCAUUGAAUCCCGACCUCCCAGUGAUCAACGUCGGGUCUCGUGAAAGGCCUGUCUAUGUUCCAUGCGAGGUUUGCGACAUUGAGCCUGGCCAGCCUGCCAAGUCCAAGCUCUCAGGUGACCAAACCUCCGCGAUGCUCAAAUUCGCCGUCAUGGGCCGCAAGCCUGGGCAGAACGCCCAGUCGAUUGUCAGUAAGGGCGUUGCUAUGCUUGGACUCGGACAGCCCCUGAACCCAACUCUGGCUGCGUUCGGGAUCACCCCAUCGGCCGAACUGAUUACCGUCCCUGGACGCGUUCUCCCAGCUCCCAACGUCUACUACAAGGACCUUAACAACCGGACCAAGGAAAUUCGGACCAUGGCAGGAAGCUGGAACAUGCGCCAGAUCCAGUUCUGUAAGCCCGCGGCGAUGAAAUCCUGGACGUACAUCCACAUUCUCCAGUAUAAGACGAGAGCCAGGAACUUGACAGAUGAUCGCGAACUCCAAGCCGCCUUUAAAGGGUUCUGCGGUACUCUUGGCAGUAUGGGAAUGGCCGUUGGCCCUCCCAAGCAAGGCACGCGCAUCGAACUUGACGGCAUCAAUGAUGCCGCGGACAUCGAAGCCGCAAUUCUUGGCUUGCAAAAAGCCCACAACCCAGGAUUCAUUCUGGGAAUCUUAUCCGAUAAAAACACUGGCAUCUACAACUGCGUCAAACAAGUUUGUGACGUCCGCUGCGGUAUCCGCAACGUGAACGUUCUCUCAACCAAAAUCAACUCGAAUGACCAGUAUAAUGCCAAUGUUGGCCUGAAAAUCAACCUCAAAUUAGGAGGAGCCAACCAGUCCCUUCAGCGCUCUGACCUGGGUCUCAUUUCCGAAGGGAAGACCAUGCUCGUGGGAAUCGAUGUGACCCACCCGUCCCCAGGUUCAGCCAACAGCGCCCCCUCUGUGGCCGGCAUCGUCGCCUCCGUCGAUGCCAACCUGGCGCAAUGGCCGGCCGAAAUCCGCGUCCAAAGCGCGCGCCAGGAAAUGGUCGCCGAUCUCGAGACCCUACUUCUCUCCCGCCUCAACUACUGGCGUAAGAUCAACAAGAACCUCCCGGAGAACAUCGUCAUCUACCGCGACGGUGUCUCGGAGGGUCAAUACAACACGGUCAUUGAGAAAGAGUUGCCUCUUCUUCAAUCUGCCUGCAAGCAGAUUUACCCAGCGGACCAAACCAAGAAGGGUCUCCCUCGCCUUGCCAUCAUCAUCGUCGGCAAGCGCCACAACACCCGCUUCUACCCAACCACCGAGCAGGAUUCCAACCGCGAGAACCCCAUCCCCGGAACCGUCGUUGACCGCGGUGUCUCCGAGGCUCGCGACUGGGACUUCUUCCUGCAGGCCCACUCUGCUCUACAGGGCACCGCCCGCCCAGCCCACUACUUCACCGUCUGGGACGAGAUCUUCUACCCUCGUCACCCCGGUAAUGCAGGUGGGCCCGGCGCAGCAGAUGUCCUGCAGGAUCUUACCCACAAGAUGUGUUACCUGUUUGGUCGGGCUACCAAGGCUGUCAGCGUUUGCCCUCCCGCUUACUAUGCUGAUCUUGUCUGUACGCGUGCUCGUUGCUUCUUGAGUGAUCUCUUCGAUCCUCUUCCCAUUGAAUCUGGUGGCAGUACCACUGGAACUGAGAGCACGGCGGACAUGUCGCGUAUGGUUGAUGUUGUUAUCCACCCUAACGUCGCGGAAACCAUGUUCUACAUUUAG